AUGUUCGCCCGUGCAUGUCUCCGUCAGUUCAACGUGGCCUUCACGUCCGCAUCCCGCGCCGCUAUCACAAGCCGUGCCACCACAGCUGCAAUUGCUCUCCCAGCAUUCCACCGGCAAUGGACGGCGCCGUUCUCGUCCUCGAGUGUCGCGCGCUGGCCUGAGGAGGAGUCCUAUGAGAGAGAGGAGAGGACGGAGAGGAGGCCUCGGCAGAAGAGCCCGCCGUCGGACACGUUGUUUUUGGGCAACUUGCCCUUCUCGGUCAGCGACGAGGAGCUCAAGAUUGCGUUCUCGCAGAUUGCGCCUGUCAAGGACGUGCGUGCCGCUAUAACGAGAGACGGCAUGCACAAGGGCUACGCGCACGUCGAGUUCCACAGCGUUGCGGACGCGAAGCGCGUGUACGAGUCCGACCAGGAAGACCCGAUCUUCAUCGUCGGGCGCGACAUUGUUGUCGACUACAGCGCCCCGCGCUCGCCCGGCGGCGGUGACAGGGGCGGUGGCAGGGGCGACGGCGACAGCAGGGGCGCGCGCCGGGUAGACAGGGGUGGCAAGCCGAACCGUACCCUUUAUUUCUGGGGCUUCAAUGGCACGACGGAGGACGAGGUGCGCACGGCGUUAAAGGAGUAUGAUGGCGAUAUUGUCACUGUGCGGUUCUUGCUCGACCGGGAAACAGGCAAGCCGUUCGGCAACGGGUUCAUCGACUUCCAAGACGUCGAGACCGCGAGCAAAGUCAAGGAGGCCAUGAGCGGCGUCGAGUCCGCGCACAAUGGCGAGACGAUGAACCUGUCGUUCUCCCGCAUGUCUGGCUCGCCGUCCACGAAUAUGCGCCGCCCGAACCUCGAGCGGGUUAGGGGGGAGGCCACGCACCGCGACAGGCAGGACCGCGGCAGGCAGGACCGCGAGUGGCAGGGCGGGCGGCAGAGGCGGUCUGAGCCUCGGGAAAGCGAAGAGCGCUGA